GGCUCUAGAAGCACACACAUCUAAUAUACAUUUCUUGCUUUCAACUUCAACUUUUGGCAUUAAUUGUACUGUCCUUGAUCAUCAGAAUAUUUGUGUACUUAGCAACAUAAUGGACAGGGUAACAACAUUGGCAUCAGAGAGGUCAGUGGUGAUCUUCAGCAAGAGCACAUGUUGCAUGUGUCACACCAUCAUAACCCUCUUCAGUGAUUUUGGAGUUAAUCCAACUGUUCAUGAAAUUGAUGAGAUGCCUAGAGGAAGAGACAUUGAGCAAGCUCUUUCCAGGCUAGGGUGCAGCCCCGCCGUGCCGGCCGUGUUCAUCGGUGGUGAGCUUGUAGGUGGAGCUAAUGAAGUGAUGAGUCUUCACCUGAACCGGUCCUUAAUCCCAAUGCUUAGGAGAGCAGGAGCCAUUUGGGUUUAAGAAACUACCCAUGAGUCAUGACCUGCUUGCUUCUAUUUUGGUACUAGUAAUAAGUGAAUAAGAGCUUUACACUCCUUUUACAAUGAGUGUGAUAUGAAGAGAAUAAAGAGAUGCGGAAAGCAAUGUACUUAAGAAUAAAAAGAGAAGCAAAUGCAGAGAAAAGUGUGAAAUGGUUGUAAAUUAAAAAUGUAUUGAGUGAGAAUUUGGAUACUCUUAAUCAAUCUUUUUUGGUUGCAUGUAAAA